CGAUCCGUCUGUUGACUGGCGAAGUCGCUCUCUGAAUUUUUUGAGGCCUUCCCGCGCUGCGCAGCUGGAUUAGAGUCCCCUACUCCCUCACCCAAUCCCAAAAUUCCAUCAUGGUUUUCGUGGAGUUGUUGAUAUUCGUGGCCUUCGUCGGCUUGCUACUGUACAAAUGGUCCGUCUAUACCUUCGGGUUCUUCUCGAAGAGGGGCGUGGCCCACGAAAAGCCCAUUCCUCUGCUGGGCAAUAUUCCGUGGUCGGUGCUGAUGGCCAAUGAGUCGUACAUAAAACAUAGCAUUGAGCUGCACUUGCGACUGAAGCAGCACAAGGUCUAUGGAGUCUACAACCUGCGGGAUCCCCUGUACUACCUCUCCGACCCGGAACUCAUUCGCCAGGUGGGCAUCAAGAGCUUCGAUACCUUUGCCAACCAUCGCAAGGGGAUCACCGAUGGAUUCAACGAUACCAGCGUGAUUUCCAAGAGCUUGCUCAGUCUGCGGGAUCGUCGCUGGAAGCACAUGCGCAGCACCCUGACGCCCACUUUCACCAGCCUCAAGAUCCGCCAGAUGUUCGAGCUCAUCCAUUACUGCAAUGUGGAGGCGGUGGACUUCGUGCAGCGCCAACUGGAUGCGGGCACUUCCGAGCUGGAGCUGAAGGAAUUCUUCACGCGCUACACCAACGACGUGAUCGCGACGGCUGCCUUUGGCAUCCAGGUGAAUUCCUUCAAGGAUCCCAACAAUGAGUUCUUUUCCAUCGGUCAGCGCAUCUCGGAGUUCACUUUCUGGGGCGGACUCAAAGUAAUGCUGUACAUUCUGAUGCCGAGGUUGAUGAAGGCACUUCGCGUUCCCGUGAUGGACAUGAACAAUGUGGACUACUUCAAGAAGCUGGUCUUCGGUGCCAUGAAGUGUCGCAAGGAGCAGAGUAUCGUGCGGCCCGAUAUGAUCCAUCUGCUGAUGGAGGCCCAGCGACAGUUUAAGGCAGAGCAGGAAGGAUCCACGGAGAGUGGGGCACAGGAGGAUAGGGCAGAGUUCAACGAUGACGACUUGCUGGCCCAGUGCCUCUUGUUCUUCUCGGCAGGAUUCGAAACGGUGGCCACCUGCCUGAGCUUCACCAGCUACGAACUCAUGAUGAACGCCGAUGUGCAGGAGAAGUUGCACGAGGAGAUCUUGGCCGUGAAGGAGCAGCUGGGGGAGAAGCCACUGGACUACGACACCCUGAUCGGCAUGAAGUAUCUGGACUGCGUGAUCUCCGAGUCGCUGAGAAAGUGGCCACCGGCAUUCAUCGUGGAUCGCAUGUGCGGGGCUGAUUUCCAGCUGAAGGACGAGGCGGGCGAGGUGGUGGCUAACCUGCGGAAGGACGACCUAGUGCACAUAAACGUGGCGGCCCUUCAUCACGACCCGGAUAACUUCCCGGAACCCGAGGAGUUCCGACCGGAGCGCUUCGACGAGGAGCACAAGCACGAGAUACGACAGUUCACGUACCUGCCCUUCGGAGUGGGUCAACGAAGCUGCAUUGGCAACCGGCUGGCUCUCAUGGAGGUCAAGUCCCUGAUCUUCCAGUUGGUCCUGCACUACCAGCUAAAGCCCACGGAUCGCACUCCGGCGGACAUGAUGAGCAGCAUCUCCGGCUUUGGAAUGGUGCCCCGGGAACUGUUUUGGUGCAAGCUGGAGUCCCGUGGACCCGUUUAAUUGAUAACACGCCCUAGACACACAUAAAUAUUAAUAAAGCGAGAGGAAAGGAAACAAGAA